CCUCUCCAUCCCACCCGCGCAAGCCCCCAGUUUUCGUGCGAGGGGGCCUCCAAGAGCGCACUGCCCGCCCCUCGUCCCCUCUUCUUUCUCCCUCCCGCGCUCCCCCCCGCAAAACCCCGCCAGUGGCUCAUGCCUCCUGCAUACGGGAUGAGGCGAGCAGCGCCGCCGCUGAGAGGGGGCGCGCGCGGGUGUGAGCGUGUGUCCGUGUGCGAGUGUGUGUGCGCCGGGCGGGCGGGCACUGCAGCUUCUUCCUCCGUGGAGCAGAGAGCGAGAGAGAGCUAGAGCGAGCGAGAGAGCGGCGGAGGCAGGCAGAGGGGCGCGGGUGAGGCGCCGCAGCCAUCCCCGGGCCCGGCGCCGCGCCGCCACCAUGCUAAACAACCUGACGGACUGCGAGGACGGCGAUGGGGGAGCCAACCCUGGUGAUGGCAACCCCAAGGAGAGCAGCCCCUUCAUCAACAGCACCGACACAGAGAAGGGGAAGGAGUAUGAUGGCAAGAACAUGGCCCUGUUUGAGGAGGAGAUGGACACCAGCCCCAUGGUGUCCUCCCUGCUCAGUGGCCUGGCCAACUACACCAACCUGCCUCAGGGAAGUAGGGAGCACGAAGAGGCAGAAAACAAUGAGGGUGGAAAAAAGAAGCCGGUGCAGGCCCCCCGCAUGGGCACCUUCAUGGGCGUGUACCUACCGUGCCUGCAGAACAUCUUUGGUGUCAUCCUCUUCUUGCGGCUCACUUGGGUGGUGGGCAUCGCGGGCAUCAUGGAGUCCUUCUGCAUGGUCUUCAUCUGCUGCUCCUGUACGAUGCUCACGGCCAUUUCCAUGAGUGCAAUUGCAACCAAUGGUGUUGUGCCUGCUGGCGGCUCCUACUACAUGAUUUCCAGGUCUCUGGGUCCAGAGUUUGGGGGCGCUGUGGGCCUCUGCUUCUACCUGGGCACUACGUUUGCUGGGGCCAUGUACAUCCUGGGCACCAUCGAAAUCCUGCUGGCUUACCUCUUCCCAGCUAUGGCCAUUUUCAAGGCAGAAGAUGCCAGUGGGGAGGCGGCAGCCAUGCUGAACAAUAUGCGUGUGUAUGGCACCUGCGUGCUCACCUGCAUGGCCACCGUGGUAUUUGUGGGAGUCAAGUAUGUCAACAAGUUUGCCCUUGUCUUCCUGGGUUGUGUCAUCCUCUCCAUCCUGGCCAUCUAUGCCGGGGUCAUCAAAUCUGCCUUUGACCCACCCAACUUCCCGAUCUGCCUCCUGGGGAACCGCACGCUGUCUCGCCAUGGCUUUGAUGUCUGUGCCAAGCUGGCUUGGGAAGGAAAUGAGACAGUGACCACACGGCUCUGGGGCCUUUUCUGCUCCUCCCGAUUCCUCAACGCCACCUGUGAUGAGUACUUCACCCGAAACAAUGUCACGGAGAUCCAGGGCAUUCCUGGCGCUGCCAGUGGCCUCAUCAAAGAGAACCUCUGGAGCUCCUACCUGACCAAGGGGGUGAUUGUGGAAAGGCGUGGGAUGCCCUCGGUGGGCCUGGGAGAUGGUACCCCUGUCGACAUGGACCAUCCCUAUGUCUUCAGCGAUAUGACCUCCUACUUCACCCUGCUGGUUGGCAUCUACUUCCCCUCGGUCACAGGGAUCAUGGCUGGUUCUAACCGCUCUGGUGACCUGCGGGACGCCCAGAAGUCAAUUCCCACUGGCACCAUCCUGGCCAUCGCCACCACCUCCGCUGUCUACAUCAGCUCCGUUGUUCUGUUUGGGGCCUGCAUCGAGGGGGUCGUCCUUCGGGACAAGUUUGGCGAAGCUGUGAAUGGCAACCUGGUGGUGGGCACCCUGGCCUGGCCGUCCCCCUGGGUUAUCGUCAUUGGAUCCUUCUUCUCCACCUGCGGGGCUGGGCUGCAGAGCCUCACGGGGGCUCCACGCCUGCUGCAGGCCAUCUCCCGCGAUGGCAUAGUGCCCUUCCUGCAGGUUUUCGGCCACGGCAAAGCCAACGGAGAGCCAACGUGGGCCUUGCUUCUCACCGCCUGCAUCUGCGAGAUUGGCAUCCUCAUUGCGUCCCUGGACGAGGUCGCCCCCAUCCUCUCUAUGUUCUUUCUGAUGUGCUACAUGUUUGUGAACCUGGCCUGUGCGGUACAGACGCUGCUGAGGACGCCCAACUGGCGGCCACGCUUUCGCUAUUACCACUGGACACUCUCGUUCCUGGGCAUGAGCCUCUGCCUGGCCCUCAUGUUCAUCUGCUCCUGGUAUUAUGCCUUGGUGGCCAUGCUCAUUGCUGGGCUCAUCUACAAGUAUAUCGAGUACCGUGGGGCGGAGAAGGAGUGGGGCGAUGGCAUCCGAGGCCUGUCUCUCAGUGCGGCUCGCUACGCCCUGUUACGCCUAGAGGAAGGGCCCCCGCACACCAAGAACUGGAGGCCACAGCUGCUGGUGCUGGUGCGUGUGGACCAAGACCAGAACGUGGCACAUCCACAGCUGCUCUCGCUGACCUCCCAGCUCAAGGCAGGGAAGGGCCUGACCAUUGUGGGCUCUGUCCUUGAGGGCACCUUUCUGGACAACCAUCCCCAGGCCCAGCGGGCGGAGGAGUCCAUCCGGCGCCUGAUGGAGGCAGAGAAGGUGAAGGGCUUCUGCCAGGUAGUGAUCUCCUCCAACCUGCGAGAUGGCGUGUCCCACCUGAUUCAGUCCGGGGGCCUCGGGGGGCUGCAGCACAACACCGUGCUUGUUGGCUGGCCCCGAAACUGGCGGCAGAAGGAAGCUCAUCAGACGUGGAGGAACUUCAUUGAGCUGGUCCGGGAAACCACGGCCGGUCACCUGGCUCUGCUGGUCACCAAGAACGUUUCCAUGUUUCCUGGUAACCCGGAGCGCUUCUCGGAGGGCAGCAUCGACGUCUGGUGGAUUGUGCACGACGGCGGCAUGCUCAUGCUGCUGCCCUUCCUGCUGCGGCACCACAAGGUCUGGCGGAAGUGCAAGAUGCGAAUCUUCACUGUGGCCCAGAUGGACGACAAUAGCAUCCAGAUGAAGAAGGAUUUGACCACAUUUCUGUACCAUUUACGUAUCACCGCGGAGGUCGAAGUGGUGGAGAUGCAUGAAAGCGACAUCUCGGCUUACACCUACGAGAAGACGCUGGUGAUGGAGCAGCGUUCCCAGAUCCUCAAGCAGAUGCAUUUAACCAAGAAUGAGCGGGAGAGGGAGAUCCAGAGUAUCACAGAUGAGUCUCGGGGCUCAAUCCGGAGAAAGAAUCCAGCCAACACUCGGCUUCGCCUCAACGUCCCAGAAGAGACAGCUGGUGACAGCGAGGAGAAGCCGGAAGAGGAGGUGCAGCUGAUCCAUGACCAGAGUGCUCCCAGCUGCCCCAGCAGCUCACCAUCCCCGGGGGAGGAGCCCGAACGGGAGGGCGAGGCAGAUCCAGAGAAAGUGCAUCUCACCUGGACCAAGGACAAAUCUGUGGCAGAGAAGAACAAGGGCCCCAGUCCUGUCUCCUCAGAGGGCAUCAAGGACUUCUUCAGCAUGAAGCCGGAGUGGGAGAACUUGAACCAGUCCAACGUGCGGCGCAUGCACACCGCUGUGCGGCUGAACGAGGUCAUCGUCAAGAAAUCCCGGGACGCCAAGCUUGUUUUGCUCAACAUGCCAGGGCCUCCCCGCAACCGCAACGGUGACGAAAAUUACAUGGAGUUCCUCGAGGUCCUCACCGAGCACCUGGACCGGGUGAUGCUGGUCCGCGGCGGCGGCCGCGAGGUCAUCACCAUCUACUCCUGAGAGCCAGGACCUGCCACCCGGGCCCGAGCGCGUCCGGCCCGCGCGGCCCCGGAGCCCUCGCCGCGCCCCCCGCCGCUGUCACCGUUUACAUACAGACCCUGUGCCCGCGCCCUGGCCCCCUUCCCCGCUGCCUGAAGCCCGGAGGCCACGUCGGUCGGGGCUGACUCGGAGAGGACCGCCCCGCGCGGAGACCAGAGCCCCGAGCGCCCCGUUGGCGCGUCGCCCUGUCGGCCCCGGCUGCCCUUUUUCUAAGCCCGGCCUCGCCCCGCCGGAGGAGACGCUGCAAUAAAGGUCGGAGGAGGCGCAGACAGGAGCGGAGCUGGGGCUUUGAGGACCCCCGGUAGUCCGCGCAGCCCUUUCCCUCUCUUCCCGCGCCCCGCCCCGUCCUCGCUCUGCACCCCUCCCCCGGCGGCCCGGAGGGCGCGGGGUGGGGAGGCUGCGCUCCGCCGUCUACGUCACUUGUCUUCGCGCGGCCGCAGGCGCCGGCCGGCCGAGCCUAUACAUAGUGUACAGGAGACAUCGCGUGUAUUUUUAACGUCCCCAUAUUUCUGUGACUAGAAGCGCAACGGACUUCUCUUCUCGCCACUGUUGAGCUCUCCCGCUGGGGGCGCCCAGGGAAGGCGGAGGCCUCGGGAGGCUGGGUUUUCCUUGACGUCCGAGAGUUUUGAGAGCAAAAGUGCUUUAGGCCCAGGCGGGAGUCGUGGUCCCUCGACACCCCCUCGACGUCUCCUCACCCUUUCCUCGCGCCCUUGGCUUCCGACCCUUCCCUCUAGUUCUUCUCGGAGACGAAGUGAGACAAGUGUCCAGCUUUUCCUGGAUUCGCCUCCCAGCGGAGUGAGCUUCCACUGUGGCUGCAGAGACGGGCGCAGCCUCUUCUCAUCGGCUCUUAUGCAAGCUGGGGCCAGGAUAGGGGAGGGGCGCUCCUCAAGGAAGAGAAACCGAGAGAGGCCCUCGCCCCACCGAGGAAGCCCCGCCCCGGUGCCUUCGCUGGGGGAGCAGGCGGCUCUCCUCAAUCGGCUUGUCGCCUGCUCCUCCUAUCCCAUGGCUCUUCGCCAAAGACUGAAAUCGGGGAGCUGGAGGGCGUCCCUUCCCCUGGAGUUUCCUCCCUGGGACAGAUGAGGGAGGCGGGGGCGGUUCUGGGUUGGGGGCCGGACUCACCGGGGAGGCCCCAGCGCUGUCCCUGAUGUUCCCUCCUCUGUGUCCAUCUGGCAGCUCUGGCCUCGGGGACCCAGCUGCCUUCUCCGCGUCCCGGGGCCCGGCCUCGCUGCCUCUAGCUGCGUCUCCCAGGCACCUGGGCGUGGGGGAGGGCUGGAGUCGCUAUGUGCUUUGUUCUUAGCGCCUCUCUGCCCUCCUCCAACUAGGAGCCAAGGCCUUUGGCUUCUCCAACACCAGUCCUUGGCGCUUCUGCUCCACCAGCCCGGUUGCAGGUGCCCUCUACCCUUAGGGAAACCGCAUUGGCCGGGCUCCCUUCCCCCAGGGCACCUUACUAAGGGCGGCAGGCACUGCAUGCUCGUUCCAGCGCCCUCUGGGACUGGGUACAGUACCUUCAGCCCCAGGGCCCUGAACUUUGCAUCUAGUUAGACAUCCUGCCCACCUCCCAGAGCUGAGGCUACUGGGUACUCCUGACCUCACCACCUCCUUUCCUUUGAGCCCAAGGCAGAGCUGGAGCUGGUGCCACCUAGACUGGGCCAGGUGUGGCUGGAGGUAGGUUUGGAUGUCUGCCGGUUAGGCCAAGGCCCCUCUGAAAUUUGAUCAGGGGGCUGGAUAGAUUCUUCCGGGUAGUAAUCAGAAGUCGGAGGUAUCAGACACCAGCACUCCCCACGCUCAUCCUCCAAAGAACCUCCCUCUGACAGACGCAGCUGGGUCUAGCCUUCUGGGGUCCUGAGCACUCCUGGGCUGAAGUGGUGGGCUAGGUAGAAGGGAAAGGGGGUAUAUUAACAUCAGUUAGGGAACCAAAGUUGCACUAUCUGGGCCUAGACUGUCUGGUUGGCAGGAGCAGUUUCGGUUGAUGAAAACAGACAUCCCACAACAAAACCCCAAGUUUUCUGUGCUACAUGUGCAAUAUUUGUUAUGAACGUUAUCACACGUCACUCAUCAAAUUAUCUUUAUAAUCAUGUAGCUAGAUGUUUCAUGUCCAUUCAAGUGACUUUUAUUCUGAGUGCAAUAUUUCAAUAGCCUUGUAGUGAUAACUAGUGUUGCUUUUGUUUUAGACGAUCUAUGUGCAGGGCAAUGCAAUGAAGUUGAAAACCCUUGUAAAUAGGAGAGGUUGCAAACCAAAUCAGGAGUAUUUAUUACUAUUAUUAGGCCUGCCUUUAACUUUCCAUGUGUUUCAGUAUUCCGCAUUCUGCCUCAGUAUUGAUCUUGUGUUCUCUGUGCCAAUAUGAAAAGGAGAGGGUUGGUUCUUUCCUUUAUUGUUGAAUGCUCCCAUUUAAUGCUUUAUAGCUUUUAUGUAUUAAUUUUUUAGACUCCCAUCUGCACAAAAUGCAAUAAAAAUAAUUUUAUUAUACCCUU